AUGUAUUUGAAUAUCAACGGUGAAAAUCACAAUAAACAAUCAUUUACACAUUGUAUUGAAUCAAAUAAAAAUGAAAAUAUUUAUGAUUAUUCAUCGUACGAUAUUCAAGAUGAGAAAAAAGAAAAUCCAAUUUCAUUUUCGAAAUAUAAAGGAAAAACUUUAUUGAUUGUUAUAACAGCAACUUAUUGUCAAUAUACUCUUCAAUAUCCAUAUUUGAAUCAAUUAAAAUCGUAUUAUAAAUCGGAUGAUUUCGAAAUACUUGCAUUUCCUUGUAAUCAAUUUGGUUUACAAGAACCUGGUGUUACUGGUGAAGAAAUUUUAAAUGGUAUUCGAUUUGUUCGACCUGGAAAUAAUUAUGUACCAAAUUUCCAUAUGUUUGAAAGAUCAGAUGUAAAUGGUUAUAAUGAACAACCCAUAUUUACUUAUUUAAAAUCUGUAUGUCCAUCACCAAUUGAUGAAUUUCAUCCUUGGCCAAAUAUAACAUAUGCACCAAUUCGAUCGAAUGAUUUAAGAUGGAAUUUUGAGAAAUUUUUAAUUGAUCCUAAUGGUUAUCCAGUGAAACGUUUUUCAUCAGGUAUUAUUCCAUCUGAACUUAUACCUCAUAUAGAUGAAAUAAUAACAAUGUCAACAACUAAACAUCGACAUAAUAAAAUAUCAUCUUUAUCUCGACAACUCAAUGAAUUAUUGAUCGAUGAUGAUAAUUUUUAA